AUGAGUACAUCAAUAAAUAAAGUAUUUGAUAAUGUUCCUGACCGUGUGGGCUAUCUUAUUUUGAAUGAAGAUGGUUCUGUCGAACAUAGUCAUGACGAUCUACAAAAUAACGAGCAAGCAGCGAAUCUAAUUUAUAAAAUGGUUUUAUGUCGGGUUAAAGUUAGCGUACAUUUAAUAAAACAGAUAGCGUUCAAACGAUUCACAGUUUCUGAUGAUCAGUAUGUGUAUUGUAUGGCAUGUGCCAAUCAUCGUAUCUAUGUUGCUAAACGUCGUCAAGAGUCAUCGACUCGCUUGAAAAAAAUAGAUGAUAAUUGA